UCGAGGAAUGCGCCUGCGCCGAGGCGCCCCUCGGGUUCUCGGAACAGCCCUGUAGCCGCUCUCGACCGGGGUACCUGCUGGCGUCGGUCGUUCAAGACUGAGCCUUUCCUUGGGUUUGCUGGAAGGCUCCCGACUCUUGUCACAUCCUCAGGCCAGAAGAGGCCAGGAGAAAGAGCCAGCAUAGCCUGUGCCACGUCCCAAAGCGGUCCUCGCGCGCCGGACCGGGCAGUUCAGAUUAAGGAAAACCUCCCUCCUGCUUCUUUCUGCAAGCAGCGUCUCAUUGUGCAAGAGUUCAGUCAUGCAGCCGCCACCCCAGGCCGUCCCGUCUGGCGUGGUUGGGCCGCCUCCAUCGGGGAGUCCUCAGACCAUGUUCUGGUCUAACAGCCCGUACAGGAGGCAGGCCGGCAGUCACACUCCGAUGGCCCCAAUAACCUGCCCACUGCAGCCAGUGACAGAUCCUUUUGCUUUCAGCCGACAGGCUCUCCAGAAUACAUCGCUGGGCGGCUCAUCUAAAAGCAGCCCACCCAUUUUGCAAGGCCCAGCCCCGCCGUCAUCCCUGGCACGUGUGGGUCUGCCCGUGCCUCACACAAACGCGGGGGAUAGCUCCCAAGGGCCCUGCGAACCUCUGCCGGGACCUCCAUUGCAGCCCAGGGCAGACGCCAGCCCGUUUCCCGGGGUGCCGACCCCCUCGGCCCCACACGGGCCCGAGAUGAACAGGAGUGCCGAGACUCCUGGCCCAGAGCCUGAGCUCCCGAACGCGCCGUACCUGCCACAGUACAUUCCAGGAGUGGGGUCCAGCAGCUCUCGCGGGGGCCUUCUGCAGGGGCAUGUGCCUCGGCCUGACAGACCCCUGAGCCGGCCAAGCCCCCCCGACAGCACCGUGCCCCCAGCAGCGCUCCCUCUCCCCCCUCAGCCCCAUCAGCAAGUGCCCGGGCAGUGGGGGCCAGGGCAGGGAGGCCCGCGGCCCCCAGGUCAGCAUUACUGGCCUGGCCCAGAGGGAGCCCUGCAGAUCCCAGGGCCUCAUGCCUCCAGCGUCACCCACUUUCCCCCUCCAUCCAGCCUGCAUCAGCGUCCUGGCCACGAGCAGCUCGGCCCCCCGGCAUCCUUACCAGGACCCUCGGCCAGUGACGGAAGAAACGAGGCUGUUUGCCUGCCCAGUGAAGACCACUCAGUAAAUAGCUUUGAUCCAGAGAGCGCAUUCAAACAGAAUUCCAGAGUUGGGAACCCUCGGGCAAACCAGGAGCUCAGGUCGAGCCCUGGAGUGAACAGAGAGCAGCUGUCAGGCCUGGCUCCUGUUAACCCGCUUGCUCAGGAAAACAGCCCGGAAAGCCACUUGCACUACCCGCCGGGGGCCGGGGGCGGCUGGACCCCACUGGACGCGGGCUCGGGCGCACUCGCCAUGUUUUUCAGAGGAGGAGAGACAGAGAAUGAAGAGAACCUCUUGUCGGAAACAGCAGGCUCUGCCGGGCAGGCCGACGUGGAUGGUUUCUGCCUCGGCCAGCUUCCCACACACGUGGGCGUGGGAGGUGCUUACCAGCCCUUUCCCAGAGGCUCCAGCAGCGAGCCCGCGCAGCUGGGGGGAGAGCCGCAGCGUUACUUUCCUCGGUCUGCAGGCAGCCCCCAUGAGAAAGCAGCCUCUAAGUCAGCCGCCGUGCACCUGUGGGCAGACACGGCCCAUGCAGGGUCUCAGUAUGAGAACGUUGAGAACCUGGAGUUCGUUCAGAACCAGGAAGUUCUGCCGAGCGAGCCCCUCAGCAUGGAUCCUUCCUCCCCAGGCGAUCCGCUCAAGUGCGGGCCCCUUCCCGGCCCGGCUGGCCCCAGGCUUGGUGCGGUGGGCCCUGCGGCUGGCGGGGGCCCUAAUCUCGAGGCCCUGGAUAUGACGGCGCACUCUGCACGGUCUGACAGCACGUCCUCCAGUUACAGCAGCCAGAGCCAGCGGGGCCUUCCAGGUUCAGCCAGGCCCCAUGACUCGGGCACCUUUAUUCAGCAGGAAGUGGGGAAACCUGAGGAUGAGUCUCCAGGGAGGUUUUUUAAGCAGAUCGAUUCUUCUCCUGUCGGCGGCGAGACGGACGAGAUCACCAGCCAGAACUACCACGGCAGCUUGUCCCAGCCCUCGACCCCAAGCCCCCCAAAACCUACAGGGAUAUUUCAGACGAGUGCAAACAGUUCUUUUGAACCCGUGAAAUCGCACUUGGUUGGAGUAAAACCCGUUGAGGCAGAUCGUGCCAACGUGGUAGGAGAGGUGAGGGGGCCUAGCGCCCACCAGAAGCAGCACAGAGUGGCUGCCGCCACGCCUGAUGCCGCCCCCGGCAACCUGGAGCAGCCCCCCGACAACAUGGAGACCCUCUUCCCGCAGCAGCUCUGCACGCUGCCUCUUGCCACACCCAUGGAGGCCGGACAUGGACUUCUGCAGGCCGCAGGGCCGCCCUUGGAAACGGUGCUGCCAACACCCGAGAAGAGGUCCUCGACCAGGGUGCAGGGGCCUGUGAAGUGUGAGAGCCCCGCAACGACCUUGUGGGCGCAGAAUGAGCUCCCAGAUUUUGGGGGCAACGUCCUUCUGGCCCCGGCAGCUCCCGCGCUUCACGUGCCAGUGAAACCUCAGCCAUCUGAAGUGAUCCAGCCCCCAGACGAGGCGAUGGCAAGGCAGGUGGGCCCAGGUGUUCAGAGUGGGGAUGGCCUUGGUGCUUCUGAGAACCUGGAGAAUCCUCCCCAGCUGGGUGAAGAGGAGGCCCUUCCACCACAGGCUGGCCCCGGCUAUGCUAGCCUGCUGUCCUCCCCGCCCACUGAGUCUUUGCAGAAUCAGCCCAUCUUGAUCGCCCAGCCCGAUCAAAGCCAUAAUCUGGGUCAGCCUGUUAACGUUUCUGUGUCCUUACCAAAUCCUAACGAGAAGGCUGCGUCCUGGAGAGACUCUUCGGUGGGAGAUAAGCCCACAGUCAGCAGCCGGGCUGCCGGGGGUGAUCCUGGAGAGAAUGUACCUUUGUCUGGGAUGCCAGCAGGCUCUCUCCUCUGCUCGCCUCUGCCUAACCAUCUGGCCCAGAGUCCUUUUCCACAAGUUUCUGGUAUCUAUGACAUGGUUUCUAAUCAAGCUGCUAAUUUGCUGGUUCAGCCGCACUCUCAUCCAAAGGCCUCGCUUCCGGAAGGUCAGAAGGUCUACAGCACAGACAGUGUGCCUCCCGAGGGGCUGCCCAGUCCUGCGGGGGGUGCGGGCCUGAUGUUGGUGCCGCCUGCAAGCAGCACCUCCGUGCCUGACAGCAGCAAGUCAGGCGUCUGUGGCGGUCGGGACAUAGCUUCCGGAGCCCUGGACUUCACGUUCGGUAGGACUUUGGAAAAUCCUGCAGGAAUGUACAGCCCGGCCCAUGCGGAUGGCCCGGCCUCUGGUCAGCAGACUACUGCCAGUCAUCGGCCACCUGGGCCUGGGGCAAACACCCCAGACCGUUUCUAUCAGCAGGUGAUGAAAGAGGCUCAGGAUCAGCCCCGUGCAGAGAGAGCCCAGCAGGAGCUGGCACCGCCACUGCCUGCUCCGCAGGGGCCCAGAGCAGCGCUUCCGGAGCCUUCAAACCCAGGGAGUCCCCCAGUGCAGGCACAGCCUCCAGACCCAGCCCGGCCCGGGAGCCCAGCUCCUGCUGACGUGGGUCAGCAGAUGCUGUCCCGGCCGCCUCGGUCCUCCAGCGCCUCUGUCGUGUCCACCAGCUCAAGCCAGGCGGCCCCGCAGCCCGACCAGCAGUGGCUGCAGCCCCCGCCUCCUGACUUGGCAUCCUACUACUACUACAGGUCCCUGUGUGAUGGCUACCAGCCCCCGUACCCCUCUCCGUACCCGCCGGAUCCUGGCCCAGCCCCCCACUAUUACCAGGACAUAUAUAGCCUCUACGAUCCCAGGUACAGGCCCUGCGACAGCGCUGCCUACGUGGACCCCUACCGCUACCCUGAGCCCGAGCGGCCCAGCUCCCGGGCCAGCCACUGCUCCGACCGGCCGACCGCCAGGCAAGCGUAUCCUGAAGGUUACUAUAAUUCCAAAAGUGGAUGGAGCAGUCAGAGUGAUUACUAUGCAAGUUACUAUUCCAGCCAGUACGAUUACGGAGACCCAGGUCGCUGGGAUCGGUUCUACUACGGUUCUCGGUUCAGAGAUCCCCGUGCCUACGACCGGAGGUACUGGUAUGAUGCUGAGUACGACUCCUACAGGAAGGAGAACUAUGCCUAUGGGGACAGGCCCGAGAAAUACGACGACCGCUACAGGUACGACCCCCGCUUCACCGGGAGCUUUGAUGAUGAGCCCGAGCCGCCUCGGGACCCGUGCGGGGAGGAGGUGGACCGGCGCAGCGAGCAGAGCGAGCACUCGGCGCGUAGCCUGCAGAGCCGCCGCAGCAGCUUCAGCGCCCACUCCCACCAGAGUCAGGUGUACCGGAGUCACAACACACCUGCCGGGUCCUACGAGGUGCCCCCUGCGCCCGCCUCCUUCCACGGCGAUUACGCCUACGGCCCCUACGGGAGCGACUUCCACAGUGCGCCAGGCUUCCCAGAGUACGGCUACCCCACCGAGGCCAGCUGGCCCUCCGUGGAGCAAGCUCCCUCGAGGCCCUCUUCUCCCGAGAAGUUCUCAGUGCCUCACGUCUGUGCCAGGUUUGGUCCUGGGGGCCAGCUCAUCAAAGUGAUUCCAAACCUGCCUUCAGAAGGACAGCCUGCACUGGUUGAAAUUCACAGCAUGGAGACCUUGCUGCAGCACACGCCGGAGCAGGAGGAGAUGCGGGCCUUCCCAGGACCUCUUGGCAAAGAUGACACCCAUAAAGUGGAUGUUAUUAAUUUUGCACAGAACAAGGCUACAAAGUGUUUGCAGAAUGAAAACUUAAUAGACAAAGAGUCUGCGAGUCUCCUCUGGAGCUUUAUUGUCCUGCUGUGCAGGCAGAACGGGACCGUGGUGGGCACAGACAUUGCGGAGCUCUUGUUACGAGACCACCGAACUGUGUGGCUUCCUGGGAAGUCGCCAAACGAGGCCAACCUGAUCGAUUUCACCAAUGAGGCCGUGGAGCAGGUGGAGGAGGAGGAGUCCGGCGAGGCCCAGCUCUCGUUCCUCACGGACAGUCAGGCCGCCAGCACCCUGGAGAAAGACACGGAACGGUUCCGGGAGCUGCUGCUCUACGGCCGCAAGAAGGAUGCCUUAGAGUCUGCGAUGAAGAACGGCUUGUGGGGCCACGCCCUGUUACUUGCCAGUAAGAUGGACAGCCGGACGCAUGCCAGAGUCAUGACCAGGUUUGCCAACAGCCUUCCAAUCAACGACCCCCUGCAGACCGUCUACCAGCUGAUGUCAGGGCGGAUGCCGGCCGCGUCCACGUGCUGUGGGGAUGAGAAGUGGGGAGACUGGCGGCCGCACUUGGCCAUGAUCUUGUCCAACCUGAGCAGCAACGUGGACGUGGAGUCUCGGGCCAUGGCCACGAUGGGCGACACCCUGGCCUCCAAAGGGCUCCUGGACGCCGCGCACUUCUGCUACCUCAUGGCCCAGGUCGGAUUCGGGGUGUACACCAGGAAGACCACAAAGCUUGUCUUAAUCGGGUCAAACCACAGUUUGCCGUUUUUAAAGUUCGCGACCAACGAAGCGAUCCAGAGGACAGAAGCCUACGAGUUCGCUCAGUCCUUGGGGGCACAGACCUGCUCCUUACCCAGCUUCCAGGUGUUCAAGUUCAUCUACUGCUGCCGCCUGGCCGAGAUGGGGCUGGCCACGCAGGCCUUCCACUACUGCGAGGCAAUCGCCAAGAGCGUCCUGGCAGAGCCCCACAGACACUCGCCAGUGCUGCUCCGCCAGCUGGUGCAGGUCGCCUCCCAGUUGCGCCUCUUUGACCCUCAGCUGAAGGAGAAGCCGGAGGAGGAGGCGUCUGCGGAGCCCGCCUGGCUGGUCCAGCUGCAGCUCAUGGAGAGACAGGUCAAGGAGGGCGCCAUGGCCUGGAGUCAGGAAGGAGCCUGCCCCCAGCGCUGCUCCAGCUCGCCAAGUCAUGAGGUGGGGCCCCGUGAUGGCCCGGGACCCACCCAGUUGUUGGGCCUGGGCGCUGACAACCCGCUGCUGGCCCCGCCGGCGCCUGGCGCUGAACUCUUCAGCCAGGACGUGCGGCUGCUGCCCUCAGCUCCUCUGACGCUCCCUGACGGCCCACCAGCCAUCCCCGCCCGGGUGCCCAUGUUACCUGUGCCACUGCCGCGCCCUGUUGAGCUGGGGCCUGUACAUGGACCCCCAGAGGCUGUACCUGGCUUUGCAGAGCCCUCCGGGCCUGACCCCAUGGCCCUGUACCCUGGACCUGGGGCGCCAACCCUCCAGGACACAGACCGCCUGCUCCCGGAGGCCAGGGGCCAGGACGCAGGGGCGGUGCCACCGGAGACGCCGGGCAGAAGCUCGAACUCGGAGCCGGGAGAGGAGGAGUUUGGUGGGAACUUUGCUAAUAUGGUACUUGCCCACUUCAGUUUUGUUUUUAAGCUGUUUGUUUUAUUGCGCGGGCCCAGUGGAUUCCAGGACCCGCCCUGGGAGCGCCUCGGGCCCCUGGAAGGCCUUGCCCUCACGGCCGGGGGCCCUGGACGCGGGGCCUCCCCAGCCCCUCGCGUGCACCGCGCGGCCGAGCGGCGCCCCCUCGCACCACGCUUCUGUCUUCCUUGCUGCCACGCAGAGUCGGCCGCAGGUCCAGAGCGGGUGGGGGCUGUGGAGCUGCUGCGCUUUGCAGCAGACGUGAUGGGCGGCAUGUGCGGGACAAGGCCAACCUCCCUGACACCUGCCCUGUCCCAGCCUGGGGGGGGCUCGCGUGGCUGGCCCUGCUGUGCUGCGCUCGGUCUCUCAGCGCCACGUCCUCAGGCUUGUUCUGGUGGUUUCUCUGUUCAGAGCAGCGAAUCCUGGUUCUCUCGCUGGCUGCCUGUGAAGAAAAGGACAGAAGCCUAUCUGCCAGAUGACAAGAACAAAUCGAUUGUCUGGGAUGAGAAGAAGAACCGAUGGGUGGAUAUCAACGAGCCAGAGGAGGAGAAGAAGGCUCCGCCCCCGCCUCCAGCUGCCCUUCCCAAGGCUCCACACGCUGCCCACCCUGGUCCCGGAGGGCCCCCCAGGCCCACUGUGAACAUGUAUUCUAGAAAAGCAGCUGGGACCAGGGCACGUUACGUGGACGUCUUGAACCCGGGGGGACCCCAGCGGAGCGAGCCAGCCCUGGCUCCCACUGACCUCUUUGCACCCCUGGCCCCGCUACCGAUUCCAGCUCACCUGUUGGGCCCAAACGCAGAUGCAGAGGAGGUACCAUCCGCCGAGGGGGCCGGCAGGGAGGGGCCAGCCAGGCCGGAGCCCGCCUCGGAUCCCAAGGUGUUCGGGCCUGCAGUGGCGUCGCUCCCUGGACCUGAACUCCCAGCGUCUGGAUUGGAUGGCCACCAGGGAGGAGAGCUUUCGCGCUGUAGUUCGCUGAGCUCGUUGUCACGGGAAGUGAGCCAGCAUUUUGACCAGGUACCUGUGGCUGGCCGUGUGCACGGGGCUCGUCUCUCCUCUGAGGCCGCUGUGCUGCCCACUCGCUGUGCCCCAGCCGCUGACGCCACCUGUCGCCGCUCGGCCCUCACACGCCUGAGCGCGCGGCGUCCCUUUCUGUCGAGGUUCUCAGAGGGUGGUGUUGGAUAUCCAGGCACAUCCACAGUCAGACUGACUCCAGGAUGCCCGCAGUGAAGGGACUAGUUCUGUGGUUGUGCUCUUUCUGAAUGGAGUUUUUUAAAGGACCAGUCACAGGCAUAGCCUCACGGGGUGUGUGUGCGCGUGCACGCGUGCACAUCAGAAGCCAACUGGGGUCAGGACGCUCUUAUUUCAAAAGCAGAGGUUCUGUUUUCUGAUCAGCAGGAGAAAGUGUUUCAGGCCAGGCAGGGUGAGGUGGUGACUGCUGUCCUGUGGUCAGGCCAUAUGGGAAAUAAAGGAAUACUUCAGCUUUUCCAUGUGUUGUGGAACUAAGCUUUUCCCUUGGCUCAGCAGAAAGACUUCCUGGGACUUGUUCGUUUGUGAACUAGAGCACUGGAUUUUGUAGCUGGAUGCCUGAGGUCUGGAGCGAUCCCUAGUACCUACUCCCCUCCCCCCACUGCUGCGUGUGCAUGCCCUGGUUUGACUGUUUCUCUGAGCCCCGUUAAAUAAUUAAAUGUAGUUCUGCAAUAAGUGCCUUUGACCUGCUUCUGUGGCGUCUUCAAAAGCGUAACAAACCCUUCCUCAGAAACUUUGUCUGUAUUUGCAAAUGCACCGAGCAGCUGUGCUUGGUCAGAGGGUGAGACGCCCUCCCUCUGUGCUCCCCAGGCUCCUGGCGCUCCGGCCCCCGCGGGGGCCCCUCCUGGGGCCACGGUGCCCUUCUACAACCCGGCUCAGCUUGCACAAGCCCCCGCCGCCGCAGGAAGCUCAAGGGCCGGGAGGACUGGCCAGAGGAAGUACCCGGCGUUAAGCUAGAAAGGCGUGUCCGGGAGCGGCACCAGGACGGGAGGCGGCUGUUCGCCAAGGGCUUAGGCCAGUGGCCUGCGACUGCAGUCUGUCCCCAGAUGGACGUGAACGCAGCGACUCACAAAUGACUUACAGAGCGUUCCAACGUUAAUUCCACACCUUCAAGAUGCUGGAUGAACAGUGACUCUUUGACCCAAAGGAAUGAUUGAAGGACCCACCGUUUGCAGUCACUUGAGGACGUGACACUGGGUAAACCUGGAGCCUUCUUGGCUGCAGGAGGAGUUUGCUUCUCAGUAACUGAGGCGUCUCUCAAAGCCUCACGGUGAAUCGUUGCCGGGUGAAGCCAGAGGCCCUUCUCAGAUGCCAGGAGACCGUGCGCCUUUGACUCAGAGAGGGGCCCGCCUGCCUGCCCUGUACCCAGAGGCAGUCAGGUCAGCCCCCGCCCCAUGUUGUUGAGCCUGGAAGGGCGCUCGUCUCGGAGGAAGCGGCCCCCUUUAGAAGGGCGCUCGUCUCGGAGGAAGCGGCCUCCUUUAGAAGGGCGCGCGUCUCGGAGGACACGGCCCCCUUUAGAAGGGCGCUCGUCUCGGAGGACGCGGCCUCCUGUGGCAGCAGCUUCGUCAGGCUUCGAGAGCGGCCCUCGCUGCCGACGUGCGUUCUCUCCUGGAGCCAGCUGCGCCCAGCCCUGCGUGGCGUCCUGUGGCCUCACCAGCACCAGGGGGCUUCUGGCAGCCCGCGGCGCCGGCUGGGACGGAGCUGUUCUGAGUGACGGGUCCAGCGUCACAGCUGGGGCUCCCGGGGUUGGUUUGGGUUUUCCUGUGGACCUGCCGGGCCCUGCUUCCCGCGGCCGGUCCCGGCAGUGUUGCCAGCUGACUGCUGUCUCUCACCGCUGCGUCGCUUAGGGAGCUGGUAACAUCCUGAAGAAAGUGGCUUGCAGCUGUUUCUUGUCUGAAGCUCCAGAGUCCAACCUUUCUGGCCCCGGACUUGUCAGCGGCUCACCUGCUGACUCAGCCUGUGAACCGGCACAGGACGAUGACCUCCUGGCGGCCUCAGCUUUAAGGCUUCAUCGACUGUUCUCAAAACUGUUCAUUCUUCUUGUUCAGUCUAAAGGGACUAAAGAAAAGAUUUAAAUAUUUAUAAAAAUCAUUAGGAAAUAAUUUCUGUAGAACGCUGGGGGACGUGGUUUGUUGGGUUUUAAUCCAAAUGUCCGGGCUUGGGUAGGGUGGGGUCAGCACAGGGCCCUCGGGUCCACUGGGUCGUCUCAGAAGGACCCGCAGAACGGUUUCCAGGACGCGUCACAGAUGUGUCCCUUUGGGAGGGGCCAGCCUCACCGGCGGGCGGUCUCAUGUCCAGGGGCAGCGCUAGUGCGACCCCCAGGCUGAGACCUGCCCGGCACUGCCCUGCCUGUUGUCUGUGUCCACCGCCAGUGAGUUUUGAUUCAAGAAGCUUCCUCCGAGGCGGGAGCUGCUAUUUUUCCUAAAUGCAAAUUGUUAAAUAAAAUAUUUUGCGCUCUCAAGCCCUUUCA